AUGACUACCUUUUUUGAUACCCUCAAGCUUUCCUUCAAGGAUGUCCCUAUCACAGCCGACGGCAAGAUCCCUACUGCAGAGUUUCUUGAUGCGGCUCAGUCGCUCGUGACACUGUUUGACAUUCUCGGUUCCAGCGCUUUUGUGCCUGUACAAAAUGACAUGAAUGGCAAUAUCAAAAAGAUCCGCGAGUACCUUUUGGCAAACCCUGUCGCUGCUGCCACUCUCCAAGACCUUAUUCUUUCUGAAAAGGACACUAAGAAAAAAACUGCUACUCAAGGCCUGCUGUGGCUUACUCGCGGCCUCGCUUUCACCGCUCUUGCUCUGCGCAAUAACAUUAACGAUCCCUCCCAGGAGCUCACUGUUUCUUUUACAGACUCUUACUCAAAGACUCUUUCUAAGUAUCACAACUUUGUGGUCCGUGGUAUCUUUUCUCUUGCCAUGAAGGCAUGCCCUUAUCGCAAAGAUUUUUACAUCAAGCUUGCCAGUGGCUCCACUGACCCCGUGCUUCUGCAGCGUGUUGCCGAGCUGCUUGAUGAGUGGGUAGCUGCUCUUGAAAAGAUUGUGGAGAUCAUUGAAAAGUUCUUUGAGUCAGGUAAUUACGGCAAGGGCUUGUAA